UCUUGCUUGUGUCAAACUAAAAAGACUGCAUCCUUUUACCAUUCUCCUCAGCAAUACCAGCCUACAUAAUAACGGUUUAAAGGACAAACCCGUUCAAAUCCCUGAUAAUGGUUUGUAAAUAUAAAACGGUGGUUGUAACAGUUCAAAAGGACAGACUAUGGCUGUAACGGUUUAAAAGGACAGACUGAGGCUGUAACAGUUUAAAGGGACAGACUGUGGGUGUAACAGUUUAAAAGGUCAAACUGUGUCUGUAACGGUCUAACGGGACAAACUAAACAAACAAAUGACGCUAUGUUAGUCUAUAGCGGUUGCCAUGCCAAUCCGUUUAAUUUUCUGGUAAAAGCUAGCUAGUGUUAGCUUCCUAAACCCUUUUAACUGCACUAGUUAGGUGACUUAACACAGCUAUCCAACCAGUAAUAGGAAAGAAAACCAGAACUUCACUACUGUAACAGCUAUGAGGGGGGUUAAAAAAAAACUCCUCGGACAAAAACAAGUCCAACAUGGCAGAACCAAGUUGUCAAUCACUGACAUCUAACGCAUAUUCUUCAAGAGAUCGCGGAACCAUCAGAGUGCAACAUGAGGACUUUCCUGGUCUUGUUAAUGGUGUUAAUUGCCUCAGGGGAAGAGGAGAAAACUAUCAAUGGCAUCUUGGAAGACAGUGUCCUUCUGCCAUGUUCCUGCCCCAACAGAAAUUCAAACAAGGUGUUUAAGUGGCAGAUGGAAAAACCAAAAAUGACUCGGGUUUUCCAAUACGAUGAGGGCACUCCAAACUCCCUUGAUAGAUAUGAGGGCAGGAUCCAAACGUUUGUGGCUGAGAACAGAGAAAACUGCUCUAUUCUCCUAACCAACAUCACAGAGGAUGACCAGGGGAAAUACAACUGCAUUUUUCACGAAGAAGACAAAUACACCCGUCGCAGCGUAAAUCUAAACUUAUCUGGAAAGUCCCAUCAGAGGCAGUCUAAGCAGACCAGCAACCAACCCACAGGAUCUGUCAGCUCCAUGACACACUGGAAAAGCAUUCCUGUUGUGGUGACGCUUGGAUUUUCCCUGAUAUCAGAGAUCUUCAUCUAAGGGGCUAAUCAAGGAUAACAGGAACGGUGACUGAUAACCUCUGUACCCUGACGAUUGCAAUGACCCAAGAGAAAGUAAAACAACAGUGUUAAAGAUUUUUCCUCUGAAUAGUGGUUGGUCAUGAAUGUGGCAUCCUGCCAACAAAGACUCACUGACAGGUUACACCCUGUGUUCACGACGCCUGUGGAAUGUUGUGUUUAUCAAAAGGAUUUCUAUUUCGUGAACAUUUGUGGAUGUUUAUAGGCAGGUGUCACAAAAUGAAAUUAUAAAUUUAAAUGUGAGAAGUUAGCAUCUCAGUCACAAACAAUGUACAAAAAAUUACAGAAAUCAUCACACAACAAAAAUAGAUUGAUAGAUGUGUGAUCUAACUGUAUCAGGGAACUGUGAUGCUAAAAUUCAGUCAGAAAUGUGAAUCAUGUAAUGCAGAUAUUUACAGAAUGUGUACAGAAAAUGUGAAGGCAGCUAUAUACUGCUGUGUACAGGUGCUUAAUGAUUUAACCCAUUGCCCGUAACUGUAUUUCUAUUAGACUGGCUUUUUCAAUCCCGCAAAAAGUUUAAGGUGACUGUAAAUAUACUGUUGUCAUGCUGCACAAUAAAUAUGGGACUGAUCAGAGGCCUCCCAUACGGGAUAAGAAUCUAAACAUCUAAAGUUCCUAAAACUUUUGCACAGUACUGUAUAUAUAUAUUUAAGGUUUGGAGGGAACCCCCUGUGCCAUUUUUUUUUGACAAUUACAACAUAUGACACCAAGAGGGAAGGAAUGAGAAUGAUUUUUGCCAAGACAAUCAAGAAUUUUAAAAUGUUUUUUAAAUAGUUUACCAUCUGUGAAUUGCUGAAUUUUGGAAAGUGGAACACACACUGCUGGUCCAUAUGUCCACUUUAUCACUGGUCCCAUAUUAUAGGGUUGGGGAAGCAGUAGCUCCCAACAGAAGCAAACUGAAGCAAACUGGGAAAAAGGGAAACGGAAUUGUAAUGAAAUGACUCAUGAUGACUGUGUGGACGUCUUUGUGGUUAACACAUGAGGUCAAAGAAUUGAAAUGAAACUGCAGUGCAGCUGAACAACCUUUCGUCAACAUACCUCCAUUUUAACCUUUCGUGUCUUCAUGUACCAUUUUCUCUUUUUUUUUUAUGGCUACCUGCUUACGUCUUUUUGUAUCCUGUCAUUAUUUUCACUUGUGCUUUUUGUAUGUUCAUAGUUUUGAUGUCUGCAGAACAGCAAAAAGAUGUUGGCACACACCAUAUUAUUUGCCAAGGGAUACUUGUAUCAUUGAAUAGAUUUCUAACAAGUACAUGUUGAGACUGGUAAAUGAAACUUAAGUAGAGAACAGUAUCAGACUUAUUUUUGUCUAGCUGAAAGAAAUCUGGGUACAUCUAGCAUUGCAUGAAGGAGAGACAUUACACAGUACAUUAUAUGUUUUUAAGAUAACUUCAUGACCCAAAAUUAAGAAAAGUAAUAAUGUUUAAUAGAGAAAAGCAGGUUACACAGAGCAAUACUGUAUAAAUAAACCACAUUCAAUAAAGAAAUGAUUGUAAAAGAAUUAUAGAACCAAAAAGAUCCAAUAAACAAUCACUUAAAAAGAUAAAUAAACAAUGUAUGAGACUCUUCAAACAA